UAAAAGCGUGAUUUGCUUUACCAUUGCAGUCAGUGUAAAUCAACCUCUCAAAUCCAUAACAUACUUAUUACAAAGUAAAAUCGCAAAAUGGCAUUCAAGUUCGUAGUUGCCCUCGCCUUCAUUGCUGUCGCCAAUGCAGGACUUUUGCCAGCCGCCCAAGUGUACAGUGCUGCUCCAGUUGUAGCCGCUGCUGCUCCAGUCUUGGCCAAAUCCGUCGAUGAAUAUGAUCCACAUCCACAAUACAACUUUGCUUAUGAUGUCCAAGAUGCUUUGACUGGAGACUCAAAGAGCCAAAUUGAAUCUCGCGACGGAGAUGUUGUCCAUGGUCAGUACUCCUUGAUCGAUGCCGAUGGACACAAGAGAAUUGUUGACUACACUGCCGACCCAGUCAAUGGAUUCAACGCUGUUGUUCAACGUCAACCAUUGGGAGCUGCUGUUGUUGCUAAGGCUGUUGCUCCAGUUGUUGCCAAAGCCGUUGCUCCAGUAGCAUACAGUGCUCCCCUUGUCGCCAAAGCUGUUGCUCCAGUAGCUUACAGUGCCCCACUCGUCGCCAAGGCUAUCGCCCCAGUAGCAUACAGUGCUCCUUUGGUCGCCAAGGCUGUAGCUCCAGUUGCUUAUGCUGCUGCCCCAGUUGCUGCCUACCCAGGACACGCUAUCGUUAAGACCUCAUUCUCUUCUCCAAUUGUUUCUUAUGCUCAUUAAGAAAAAGAUUCUGAUUGACCGUGAUAUUAUAAAUUAUGGAUCUCCUUUAUAAGGAAUUUCCAAUAUUUUACUAAAUAAAAUCUGUUUUGCAAAUAUA